ACUGAUCGUUUCCACGGAUGCUGCCCGACCUGCUGAGUUCCUCCAGCGUGUUGUGUGCUGCUUUGACCCCAGCAUCUGCAGAGUAUUUUGUGUUUGCUCUUUUUUCUGCCUCCUAGCAGAACAUCAUUAGAAGGACCGUUACACAGCGCUCUACUCCCGUUCCGUUGCAGCUGAAGGUAAUUCCCUUUGAACAGCGCUCUCCAACUGCCGCUUGGCAUUGGGAUGGUCAUUUUAAAGUGCUCCGGAACCCGUCGGAGGACUAAGCUCUCCAGCGCUGCCUGGUGUUGGGAGGGAUGUUGGCCAGCUCUCUAUCAUCCCCUGGCGUUAGGAGGACCGUGUUGCCGGCGCAGCUGAGGGGAAGACUAUUUAAAUACAACCCAGCACCCUUCAGGGUCUAUGAGCCGGCGUCCUCUAGCCUCUGAAGUUAUGAUUGUUGUCUUAUCAUUUCUUGUGAAGAGAGGGAAACCUCGCCCAACGUCGCUCAUCACCAACCCCUGGCGUUGGGAUUACCGUUGUCCGGUGCUCUGCUGCGACAUCUACCGUUGGGAGGACCGUUUUUCGGAGCUCUGCCACGACAUCUAUCGUUGGGAGGACCAUUGUUCGGUGCUCUGCCUUGAAGCCUGGCUUUGGGAGAACCUAGCCGGAGGUCUCCUGCGAUCCCUGACAUUGGGAGGACCGAUGGUCGGUGCUCUGUUGCGACGUCUACCGUUGGGAGGACCGUGUGCCGGUGCUCUCCAGCGCCCCCCCCAUCGGCCGGGAGGACCGGACGUCGAGCUCGAGCGACGGCAAGCGUUGGGUGGACGUGAGGCAAUUUGGUGUUUGCUGAGGAGCUGCAGGUUCCUGUCACUCCCGACGCCGGGGCCUGAAGCUCGUUGGCCAGUGACAGCAACAGCAACGAUCGCAGGCCGUGCCGUGCUCUCCGCCAAAUCAGCCAGGGCGCCGAGGGAGAAGCAGAACGACAUGACGGAGCUGAGGCGCAGGGCCCGCGAUGACUCGCAGGAUCCACUGACCGAGUUGGUGGAAGGUGAAUUGCUGACAACUGGAAAUGAGGUGAAAACUGAAUUAGGGAGCUCGGAUGUUCGUCCCCCGGUUGAUAACACUCCAGAGGUACUGAACAAGGCUCUGUCAGGACUGUCUUCGAGAUGGAAGAAUUGGUGGGUACGAGGAAUUCUGACUCUGGCCAUGAUUGCAUUCUUUUUCUUGAUCAUCUACCUAGGACCCAUGGUUUUGAUGAUGAUCGUUCUGUGUGUACAGAUCAAAUGCUUUCAUGAGAUUAUUCUCAUUGGUUACAACGUUUAUCACUCCUACCAUCUGCCAUGGUUCCGGACUCUUAGCUGGUAUUUCUUACUAUGUGCAAAUUACUUUUUCUAUGGAGAGACAGUAACAGACACGUUUUUUGCACUGGUUCAGAGGGAGGAACCUCUUCGGAUCCUGAGCAAAUACCAUCGUUUCAUUUCCUUUGCUCUUUACUUGGCAGGAUUCUGCAUGUUUGUCCUGAGUCUUGUGAAGAAGCACUACCGACUGCAGUUCUACAUGUUCGGAUGGACCCAUGUGACCCUGUUAAUAGUAGUGACUCAGUCCCAUCUCAUAAUUCAUAACCUCUUUGAUGGAAUGAUUUGGUUCAUUGUGCCUAUUUCUUGUGUGAUCUGCAAUGAUAUCAUGGCUUACAUGUUUGGAUUCUUCUUUGGCCGAACUCCACUCAUUAAGCUGUCCCCCAAGAAGACCUGGGAAGGAUUUAUUGGAGGAUUCUUUUCAACCGUCUUGUUUGGCCUUGUGCUGUCCUACGUGAUGUCAGGAUACAAAUACUUUGUCUGCCCUGUUGAGUUCAACAAUGAGGCAAACAGUUUCACCGUGGAAUGUGAACCAUCAGAGCUGUUCCUGCUGCAAGAUUACACAAUCCCCAGUGUUCUUCAGUCCAUUAUAGGCUGGCGGACUAUUCGAAUGUAUCCUUUCCAGAUCCACAGCAUUGCCCUUUCUACUUUUGCAUCACUAAUUAGCCCAUUUGGAGGAUUCUUUGCCAGCGGCUUCAAGAGAGCAUUCAAGAUCAAGGAUUUUGCCGACACCAUCCCUGGACACGGUGGGAUUAUGGACCGCUUUGAUUGUCAGUAUCUCAUGGCAACCUUUGUUAAUGUCUAUAUUGCCAGCUUCAUAAGGGGCCCAAAUCCCAGUAAAUUACUGCAGCAGUUACUGGCUCUCCGCUUGGACCAGCAGCUACAGAUAUACAAGAGCCUGAAAGCCAAUCUGAUCCAGAAGGGCAUGCUGUCUGCUGGGGCAUAGGACUGAGGCAUUCAUUGGAGUGGUCGCAGUGAAAAGCCUCAGGAAAGAGUCCAGCCAGUGACCUUUCUCUCAAACUCAGUGUGUCUAAACUAUUCAGAUGCGAAUCUCCAUAUGUAACUGAGUGGUCCAAACUCCUUCAGGUGCCAGGAAAAGCAUACUUUAUUCAUACAUUGGUUGACAGGAUUGAUAAGUAGCAAUAUGUUUAAUCAUGGGACCUUAUCUCAUUAGUAGAAGAUGUAAUGCUGGAAUGGCCUCUGAUGAGUCUAGCCCAUGAUUAAUCAUUAAAGUGACACAAAGAGGGUUUUUUUAAUGUUUUAAAUGACUCCCCAUUGUUGUCUGCAGUGAGAGAUUGGGAGGCUAACUCUGAACUCUAUACAAUGUAAUGGUUUUAGUCCAGGUGAAUCCCAAUGCUAGUCUGAUCUGCACCAGUGCAGGGUGAUUUAUUUGUUCCUCAGCUCAAAUGUGUGCUUUAGGAUGGAAUAGAUGUAGUAUUUGGUCUAGCUUUGACCAUGUAGUUUGUGAAGAACCUGCUGUUUUACAUUUUGCAUUUAUAGGGCAUCUUGAGCCACCUGAAGGGGCUUAGAAUAUGAUGUUUACACUGGCUGUAUUUUAGGAAAUAGAGGAGUCUAGUAGAAGAAGAAAUAAAUAGCAUUUGCACACUGGAGAGCAUGCAGUGGGGUGUCAAAAUAAGAUUUAUGGAACAAUUUGUCCUAGAUACAUGUCAUUUAUUUCAAUUUAUUCACUUGCAACUUAAAUUGUAUUGCAACACUGCGUAAAACUUGGCCUUUUAAAAAAUUUUCAUGGGUGGUGUAUUUUUGAGAUAGUAUUUCCAUUUAAUGGAAUUUAGUGUCCCUAUCACUUAAGGAAAAUAUUAGCUUUUACAAAUAUAUUUAAUCGAAAAGAAACAUGUGCACUCAAGUAUUAUUUAGGUAUUAACCUGUAAUCUUUUCUGUCUUAUGUGAGGUCUUACAACUGUGUUGUGAUUUCAAGCCACUUCAUGACAAUGAUUUAUAUUGGGAGUAUAGUUUCAAGGAAAGCAGAUGACUUCUGGUCUCUUAACCAGGUGGCUGCUCUUUGAAUAAAUGGCAUCUGCAAUCUGUUCAGCUAUAUGGGAAAUUACCCCAUGAAGCCAGCUUUUUAUUGUGUCCCCUCCUCCAUCCCUCACCUCACUUCUUCAAGUGUUCAUUCAGGCACGCUGGAUGACAAACAGAUGACCCAGGAGAUUUACCAUUUCCCUAACUAAGAGAAAGUGGGAUUAGUCAUUGUCUGUUGAUCAACCCAGUCAUUUCAGUGGAAACGGCUUGUAUCUGUGCUGGGGAUGAAGUGAAGAUAGAAAUGAGGGUGGGCUGCAUGAGUACGAACCAGGCCAGCUUCUGCCUGCAAAUACUUGUGACAGCAAAAGGUAACUCUGGGGAGGGACUGAUGGUCAUUUUUCAGGCGCCUCUUAAGGACUGCAUAGUGCCAAAAGAUCACUACAGUCAUUAGAUUCUAAUGUGGAAAAUUUCACUUAAUGACUAGGACUGUGGCUUAGAACAUUACUUAUUGACUGGUAUUAAAAUCCGAGAGACAGCAGAAUACUCAAUAAUUCAGGGAGAAUGUGCAAAUGAUUAUUUUAUCAAUAUUCCAACAAAACUUGAGAAUUAACAGUUUUCCUAAUCCAAGUAUUUUUUUCAGUUAUCUGCCCUGCAUAUUUAAUUUUUUGUCCAAGAUGUCAAGUUCCUCUAAUGUUUGUCAAUAGCCAAUUUUCAGUAUCAUCCAAAGAAGUACUGGAACCAUUAGUAGCUGACAGCUGCGGUGUUGACAAACCUUGUGUACACAGUGGAGAGGAUAUGUUUCUAUGAUUAAGUGGGUACCUUAGGAGUGAACAUUCACCUGCUGUGAAAUCUUCAUUACCCUGAUAUUCUGUAUGCUAUGUUUAGUUGGUAGGGAAGGGAGACCAGUUUAAGUUGUCACAUACUGUGCCACUAAUUACCAUCUUCUAUUUGCUUUAUUUCCAAUUACUUUUUGGCCUUCGUUCCAGUAUUCUUGUUAGUUGUCCUGCUGCACUGCUUGCUGGAUGUGGAAGGGAAGAAAGAGAAGUAUAUUGUGAAUCACUUGGUGCAGCUGUCAAAGACACCCGGAUACUGCACCAGAGGCACAAUUUUCCACCCAAAUUUACAGCAUAUCUCUGGUGCAAGGCAAAGUGUGAUGGCUUUCUGCCAAGAGUGAAUUUGCUAGAGUUAAUAAUAGUGACAGGACAUGAAUGAAAUGAACUCAAGAAAUGUAUCAGCACAGUGUGUUGUUACUGAGGAGCUGUUUUGUAUUCUAGCUUAUUUAAAAUUAUUUGAGAAAUUUCAUUAGGAAAGAUGGCCACUAUUUCAUUCAUCUGGAGAGGUCCUACUUUAAAAUUGAUGCCCAAGGAAUUGAAGAAAUUACUUUGGGUUGUUAUAGCAGUGAUGGCAUGAUAUGAUAGUGACAGUGAUGAGAGGUGGCUAAUUACUGGCUGAGCCUCACCGAAGCAAAGACUUUGCUCCUCAGAUUUAUAAUAGAAGGCCAGCAGCAGGGUUCAUUCAUUUGUGAAAAUAAGAAGUAAUGAGGCAAAGUUCAUUCUCAGUACACCUCAUUAUAUCGUUAAACCACAUCAACAGAGUCCCCAUGUCACUGCAGUGUCAUUAUCUAGAAGUAUGUACCUGGGUAAGGAAGGAAGGACGAAUUGGUAUUCAAUGUGAACAACUACAUUUUCAGUUCUCAAGUUCUCUUUUCAAACUGUCCUGAUUGAUGUGACUGACCAAGGUAAGUUUGGGUCAAUUUAAUUUAAUUAAAUUGAACAUCUUUCUGACAGUUUCAAGUAGGGCCUGGCCAGAAAAGAUGAUGAAUGUCUAGAGAGUUUCGUAAGAGACAUUGGCAAACAUUCAAGUGGGAGAAAGUUGUACAAAGCAUAAUUGGCUUAUUACCCACCUUCCAGUGUCCAUUGACUUAACACGUGGGGGUGGGUAUAACUGGCAUUUUGUAUUCUUAGUCACCUGUUUCUUGCUGUUAGCCAAAGACAAUUGUCUUCCCCACAACUCUCCAUCCUCACCCCAUUUUCUUAAAAUUCUCAAAUAGUAGAAGGUAUCAUAUAAAAUACUUGAGCUUGCCAACUGGAGAAUCCUCAAGGUGUUCCUUGCCAUUUGCUGGACACAUACAUUAAAGCUAUUUCUUGUCUCCACAUGGGAGAGAGGCCAGGGAAUAAGAACAGGCUUGGUAAUAUAUCAGCAUCACCUAUGCUGAUAUGAUGAGCAUCAUAUAAGUUCUCUGUCAUGUCUUCCCUUCACUAAUUUGAUUGAAUAAUUUAAUCUGUGCCACGUUGAAUCCACGUAUGUUGCAACAACUUUCCCAUGAAUUUUUCCAUUUCUAACAAUAGGCCUGUGAAGAUAACAGCUGAAUAAAGGACUCAAAUUUAUCCAGCAUAAAAUUUUGAUAGUUUGGGUCACUUUUGUAUACUGUGAAUUAAUAAUGUUUCUACUGUUUUCUGAUUGUUUGAAUAUUGCAAAGGUUUGUAUUUAAGUGCAGAAGCCUGUGAACUGGUGACAUCUAUUAAAAUUAGUAUUUAAAGCAAAAUGUAAACAACUUUAAGAGGGAAUCUAUUUUUUAACAGAAGAAAUCAGCUGAAAAAUCAGUGAUACAGAAAGCAAUUCAACUUUUUAAUCAGCAUGAUGAAGAGCAUUUAUUAUAAAUUUUGUUACCUGUUCCUGUUACAAAAAGAGAAUAUAUUCCCAUUACAACUGAACUGAAGAAUCAGACUUGUAUCCAAUGGCUCUGUAACUGUACAGAUGUUUGCACUAGAUAUUUAGAAUAUUGAAAAUUGGAAAAAGAGUAUCUGGGACACGAUUUCAACUCAGACCCCAAUAGUGUUCUGAAAACUAGUCUGUGAAAGAGUAGCAGUUUGAACAGUAUCGAUAAUCUUAUGUUAAAGGUGCCUGCUACAGAUUGACAGUAAAUGUCAGAUGUGUUGUAUUAGAAUGACACCCAAAGCUUCUGAGAUAAUGACAAUCCCUUUAAUGUAUUGAGAAAUUUCUUCUGAAAGACGUCCCAGUAUUAUUGAGAGAUGUGAGUUUGUUCUAAAGGAGUAUAUUUUGUGCCAAAGUAUCUUUUAGUCUUGAAUUGAAUAAUAGUGCACAAAUGUGUAAACCAUUAUGUAAGAUUGCUGUCCCCUGGCAAAAUCUAAACACACCAUGUCUUGGUGUGGCAGCUGUAAAGAAUUUUUUGAAUCUUUGUACAUUGAAAAAGCCUAGGUUCAAAACGCUGCAUGAGAAACUCUGGAAAUUGGUAGUUUGGAGAUAUUUAGUUGAAAACUUCAUUAUGGGGUUAGAGGUACAAGAACUUGAUGGUUGCUAUUUCACUGAGCCUUGUGCAAGGAUUAUCCUGGGAUAUUCAUGUAAGAGGACAUGCACAAGCUAUACAACAACCAGUGGUAAAUAAAGUAGCUGAUUUCAUCACCACAUCUGAAACUCUUUAGCUUCCUCACUGCAACCUGUGGUACCAUCAGAAGAGGCCCUGUGCCUUCCAGAAAUACUAUUUCCAUCCCCUCCCAACCACAAGGUAUCAGAGAAGCUAAUGAACUCGAAGUCACAAAUGUUUUUUUUUCUAAUUUACCGGGGAUAUUUCAAAAGUAAAAUUAAAUCUGUAAAGGUGUUGGGUGUCAAGAUGCUUUCAAGAACAAUAUUAAUUGUAAGUUUUGUAACAGUUUGUCUUUUGUGGAAGUUCUUUAAGACUUGUUUUUAUUCUUUCAGCAUUGUCCAUGCACUGUUGUACAAAUUCAUUAAAUUAAGACCUCAUGAGUAAAUGCUGUGUCUGACCUCAGAGGUUCACCUUUCUAGUUCUUAACUGGAUUUGGUAGCACAAAGUACAGCCAAAUACAGCUUCUUGUAUUUUUAAACUCUGGGGCUUUAUGGCCCAUAAAGCUGGGUAUUUAAUUUUUUUUUAGAUAUUCAAAAUCUGGGUCUGUGGUUGAUGUGUGUAUUAAAAUUAAUGCAGAAUCAAUUAAAGCAAUUUGCAGUAUUUUAAAAUAAAUAUUAAUGUGCUGAAAUAACUGAAAAUGUAUUAACCAAUGUGAUAAAAAUGAAAAAUGACAUUAUGCCUGAAGAUCUGAGACUUUUUUUGCAGUAGUUGGAAUUCAUGUAUAAAGUUAAUGCAUAGAGAGGUAGAAGGGACAAUAGAGAAUGGAAAAAGAAGCAUAGCUCUUUUAUAAUACAAAGUGCCUUCUGAUGCAUUUUUGAGGGAAAUAUUGCUUUAUUUUUGAGCCAGACCUGACAGUGAAUAAAUGUCCCAGCUCUGACUCUGAAGCAUGCAUAAAUUAGAAUUGAAGCCUAUUCCAAAACAAGCUGGAAUGAUUUCAGAUAAGCCCAAAAUAAAAAUGUUAAUGCAGCUUUUUUCAACUUAAAUGUUCCCUGAGGAUGUUUUUUGGAUGUGACUUAUCUGAUUUGAUAUGGUUGCUUUACCUGCUGUGCAACGUUCCCUCUAAUUUUUGUUACAGCUGCACGGACCAACCAUUGCUCUGAGCAGGAUAUUUUUACAGAGCCUGAAAACUGCAUGGCACUUUAAUAUUUUUUUUUGUUUUUGCAUGCUAUGAAUAUUUAGAAUGAAAUUUGAAAAAUUAUAUACUUUUGAUUUUUAUUAAUUGAUGGGUACAGUAUAACAAAGAAAACCUUUCAUGUUGCAUAAGAUUUUUUUUUUUAGCUGUGUAGCAACAAAGGCUAUGAGGACGGGAGCAUUUCAGUUACUGUGCAGCCGCACACCCACACAGCUCAGAGGGAAUAGUGCUGCUGAAGCUGAUGCCUCUGAAUUCAAGUGUGGCUGUCCAGCUGGCAUCUGCUAAAUGAAAAGCCGUACUUGACUUUUUGCUGCCUCCUUCUGGAAGAACUACAUCUUGUCAUGGUGUAGACUGACAAUUGAACCAGAUAGGAUUCUAGUUUAAACGCAAACAACAGGAAUUCUGCAGAUGCUGGAAAUUCAAGCAACAUACAUCAAAGUUGCUGGUGAACGCAGCAGG